AUGUUGGUGUUGACGUUCUUCCUGUUCUCAGCUUUCUGUCUUGGAGUUGCCAUCAGCUUCACCUUCCUGGAUGCCUGGUAUCUACUCUACUUUAUCAUCAUGUACCUUCGUUACAGAUUGGGAGCCCCAAAAAUCAAAGUGCUAGAAGAAGGACUAAGGUACAGCUGGGUUUUGCCUUCCGAUUUGGAUUUGAUGGGCCACAUGAAUAACAGCCGCUAUGCCCGGGAGGCUGAUUUUGCCCGUUAUCUGUACAUGUUCCAAUGUAGACUCUUGCAGACCAUCUGGAACUGUAAGUACACCACAGUGCUGGUGGCCUCCUCUUGGCGUUUCCGACGGUCUUUGAAACUGGGGGAACGCUUUGCCAUCCGGACACGCAUGUUAGGCUGGGACGACCAUUCUUUUUACCUGGAGCAACAGUUUAUCAGUUGCCAAGAUGGGUUCGUUUGUGCCGUUUUGCUGGCUCGCCAUCACGUGACCGGCGUGCCUCCAAGCAAAGUCCUCCAGAUUCUUUACGGGAGGCAGGUAGACUCUCCUGAAAUCCCCGAAGAUGUCCACUACUGGCUGAAAAGUAACCGAAUCAACAGCGAAAGAGUAAAGAAGGAACUCCAGCAAAAUAACAAAAGCAAGUAG